AUGAAUUGGGACUCAUUGAAAAGAACUCCACAGCUUCUUAAACAGAAAGUCAACUUAGAAUCGUAUACAAUCGACGAGGAUUUUGAUAACUUAAAGAAUAAGCUUGAAGUUGCAGAAAGAAACCUAAAAGCCUUAUCCAAGCAUAUUCAUAGCUUCAAAGAGCAAUUGUUUCAAAAUAUAGAGAUCGCAACUACAAUUGCAGAAACUUUAACCCAAUUGUAUGAUCCACUCUUAAGCUUGCCUAAGGCUCUAAAAGCUGAUUUGAAUGAAAGAAUGAAGUUUUCUAAAGGGAAGGAUUACCUAUCCUCACUUGAUGGAGUUGAAAUUACGGAAUCUCAAAAGCAAGCGUUAUUAAUAGAGUGCAAGAUUUGGAAGACCAUUGGUGUGUAUAAAAGCUCUAUAGACGAAAUCCUUCCGGCCAUUAAACCAGAAUUGGCUUUACUAGAAGAAAUUAUUAAUAAGAAAGUGAAUGAAGUUUUAAAGUUAUUUGGUUUUAUUAAUAAGCAUAUUCAAAAAAGAGAGUACGUUAAAUUGGAUUAUGAUAAGGCGUAUAAUAAUCAUGAAUCGUUAUUGGUUAAACAAAAACAGAACGAUUUAAGUUUCAAACAAUCUCAACAAAUAUAUAGUUUAGCAAGGAAAAUGGACCAGUAUAAGCAAGAGUAUGAUAGAUUAAAUGAUUUCUUGAAAGAAGAACUUUCUUUUUUUUUCGGCUUUCUAGAUGCUUUCUUGGAUCCAAUACAAACCAUGAUAUACUUUGUUCAAUUAAUGGUUAUCUACCAGUUUAGUCUCAACCUAAAUACAUUGCACGGUAUAUUCGACAGCACACCGGAUGAGUUGGGAAAGAAGGAUUUUAUCGAUGUUUUACUUUGUGAGUUUUACGAGAAGAACGAAAAAGCCUUAAACUCAAUUGAAGAUUUAUUCAUUGUGAAGUUUAGAAAACAGUAUUUCCAAAAUUUAACUUCGUCUUUAGCGACAACCAGCAAUAUCAAAGAAGAUAAAGUUUACUGUACUAUAAAAUUUAGUUUCAAUGGACAAGAACCGGGAGAUCUCACCGUGCGAGCAGGUGAUACUGUCAGGCUAAUAGACUAUGCUGGUGAGUGGUGGAAAGGAGAGCUCAACGGUGAAGCGGGAAUCUUUCCAGGAAAUUAUGUCGUUAAAGAAGACUACGAAUUUUUCGUGAAGAAAAGCAUGAAUUAA